UUCCAAACCUGUAGCUGAGAGCACGAAAUCGAUGACUGCUCAAAUCACUAUGAACAGCACUUAUAGUGGGAAGAAAAUAUCCUGCAGGCUGGAGCCAUUCGAGAAUAUUACAUUCAUAGAUUCAGAUGACAUGGGGACCUUACCAACAGAAGAUGCCAAUAUCAAUGUCACCACCGUGAAAGCGAUUGUAAAAGACGCGACUGGAGAAGAGCUUAAAUCAGACACAACUUACAAUAUUGGAGCAGAUGGACCAACCAUCACCUGCCAGACCACCCCAGCACCAGAAAGUCUAAACCCUAACUUAUCGUUGACGUAUGAGUUUUUAACGCCUAAAAGUGGGAGAGUGCAAAACAACGCGUCAAAGAUAUAUAAAAUACCUACUAAUGAAGAGAAUGAUAAAACUUAUACAUGCUCAGUUAUAUAUGGAAGUGACAAUGCAGUGGCGUCAGUGCAAACUAUAAAAGUAACUGUCUGUGCCAACAAUGUGACUGCUGCUGCUAGUGGCACUGCUUUAAGUAUAGGAUCAACCCUAGUUUUGUCAUGCGGCCUAGGACAAGAUGCAACACUCACCUACACAUGGCUUUUCAAUGAUAAAAUCAUCGAUAGCCAAGCUGACUGGAAGAUCCAACUCUACAACUUCACUGUGUCUGACAUCGGAUUGUACAAGUGUUGGGUUGGAAAGAGCCGUAACUCGACACCAAAUGCGUCUUUUCAUGCUAUUAUGAAACCGACUGUCACUCGUGUUACCCCUGGGACCAGCUAUAGUGCAGGCCGAGACUAUCGUCUCAAAUGUAACACUGGAUCAAGUGUAACACAUGGUUGGAGCUUCUCGUGGACAAAAGAUGAUGCCAUCUCUCCGAUCAAAACCGACACCUACUCACUGACAAAUGUAGCUGCGGCCAUACAUGGUGGGAGAUACACAUGCACCUGUACAUACCAUGGCGCUUCCAGCACCAGUGAACCGUUUAUUAUCGCUAUCACAGACGGGGCUUCUGAUUUGCACUACAGUGUACUGAUGAUGACUUUCGUAUCCCUGGGGUCACUUUUUUUCUAGAACAGUCAUACACGCUUCAC